CCGCUCAGUUCUGCAAGAAGGGAGAGGAAGAAGAGACUGGCUCAAGUGUCUGGAGGACCUUCCUCCCCACAGCCAUCAGCUGUGGGACUUGACACCACUUGAUCAAGGAAAGCAGGGGGAGAUUACAUCACAUCAGUCAAGAUCCACCUACAGUGGCAGCUCUGGUGGUAUUGGAGUUGCUGCUGACCACCACAGCAGGUCUGCACCCACCAGGAACCAUCCAUCCAUCCCCCAGCUUGGCUGAAUUUUGUCUGUGUUGCUAAGACUGUUUGAAAAGAAGGAUAAUUGACUCUUUAUGUUGUUCACAGCCUUUUAGAGUGUAAAAUGGAGCUUGAAACAGAUUCGUGUUUGUAGUGGUUUAGAUAGGGACUUAUUACUGAGCUUUCUCUAACUUGUAUCAUGACCGGGGCUGAGAUUGAGCCUGGUGUUCCCAGUAAGCCUGAAACAAAGGCUGGGGAAGAGGUUGUGGGUGGGGCUGAAAGAGAGAAUGAAGUUCCCUUGGUUGUCAGACCCAAGGUUAGGAUUCAAGCCCAGAUAAUGAAUGGGGCAAGGCCCAAAACUAAGACCAAGGUUAUGCCUAGGGCACGGCCUAAAACUAAGGCCAGUACAGGAGGUGGGGCACAUUCUAAGAGUAAGUCUAAGGGAAUCCUUGGGUCAGAAUCUAAGGGUGAUGCCCAGGUAUGGGCCCAGGCUGAAUGUGGGGCUAUGGCAAUGUUGAAGACUGAGGGAGAGUCUCCAACCAGUAGUGCUUUUUCUAGAUCAGUUGCUAAAACUAAGUGUCUGUCUGUGGAUAGAGAACUGCUUAAUAUGGACACUGAGAGCUUUCCUAGAAGGAAGGACAACUCCCAAGCAGGAUUCCAGCCUUCAUUUAGGUCAGAGGGAGAGGAUGGUAUUGAGUCCUGGUACUGCCCCAAGCCUCUAUCCAAACAAGAAACGUCUCUGUGUUCCUUGUUCUGGAAUAGAGAUGAAGUCAGUUCCAAAUUUCGUCCUAGGAAUAGAAUAAAGGCCAGUACCAGGUCCAGGCACAUGGCCAGAAAAGAAGUUAAUAUUCUGUGUAAGCCCAAAACCAAGAAAGAACUCUGUACUGUGUCUAGUUCUGGUUCUGAGGAUGAGUCUGUGAAGAUACCCUGUUUCUGGGCCAAAGACCAGACAUAUUCCUGGUCCAGGCCCAGAGAAGAGGCCAAUAAUUGGUCCAGGUUUACAUCUAAGACACAAGUCUGUGUUGAGUCCAGUUUUGGUUCUGAUCGUGAAGACCACAUGAAAUCCUGGUUCUGGUCUAGAGAGGGGAUCAAAUCCAGAUCCAAACCCAGAGCCAGAAAAGAGGCCAACACCAGGGCCAGGCAAAGGGCCAAGCAAGAAGCUUGCAUGGAUUUCAUAUCUGGCUGCAUGGAUGUAAGAAAAAAUGAGCCCUGGUUCUUACCUGGAGAAAAGGCUGGUAACUUUUUAUGGCCUAAGACCAAGAAAGAGGCCAGGGCCAGAGCAAUGGCAAAGGAAGAGGCCAAAGCCAAGACCAGAGCCAAGGCCAAACGGGAAGUCAAGUCAGAGGAGGAGGUCCUUAUUGGUACCUGGCUCUGGGCUACAGAGGAAUCCAGCAUGGUGGAUGGAGCCAAUAUCAUGUCCAUUUCACAAAUGGAGGGUGAAUCCCUUGUUGGGAGUUGGUUCUGGACUGAAGAAGAGGACAGUUUGGGGACUGGAGCCAGUAAAUCCAUACCAAGGGCUAAGGUGGAGCCUAGUUGUGAUUCCUAUCUUGGGGCUGUGAAAAACACUAGUGUGGCAAGUGGGACUGCAGGUGCUUCUGAAACUAUGCUAGCAGCUGAUGAAGAGGUCAUUGUUAGUUCCUGGUUCUGGGUUGGUGAAGAAGCCAACCCAGAGCCUGAGGAAGAGACCAUUUUUGGGUCUUGGUUCUGGGACAUUGAUGAAACCAGUGUGGAAUCUGGUACUGCAGUCAGCUGUGAGUCCAGGAAAAAGUCAGAGGAAGAAGCAGCUGUUGGUCCCUGGUUCUGGACUGGCGAAGAAGGCAGUGUAGUGGCUGCGGUUGGAGAAGAGGCCAAGUCAGGAUCUGAAGAAGACACAAUAUUUGGAUCCUGGUUUUGGUCUGAAAACCAGCCCCCUGUGGAUUCUAGGGAUGAAGCUAGCUGUGACACUGUGCCAGUGGGUGAGGAGGAGGAGGAGGAGCCCAUUAUUGGGUCCUUGUUCUGGGCCGGAGUAGACACUUGGGUGGAGGCUGAAGUCAACAGCAUGUCUAAUCUGGAGGAUGAGGAAGAGGCCAUUGUAUCACCUUGGUUUGGAGUCAAAGAAGAGGUCAGUAUGAAGUAUGGGGCUGGUGCCAGAUGCAAAUUCAUGACAAGAGCUGAGGAGAAAGAUAGAUCUUACUUCUGGGAAAAAGGAAAACCCUUUAUGUAUCCUGCUGAUGGAGGAAGCUGGAAUUCUAAACCAAAGGAGGAAGAGGACACUGUUGAUUCAUGUUUCUGGUCCAAAAACUACUCAAGACCAGGGGCCAUUGUAGGGUCCUCGUUAUGUGCUGCAGAAGGUGGCAGUAUAGAUGAUGAGACUGGAGAAGAGGCUAGGUUACCAACUGAAGGGGAGAACGUAAUCAAGCCUUUGUUCUGGAAAGACGAUGAAGCCAUUCAGGAGACUACCAGCAGAGAAGAUCCCAGGCCAGCAGCUGAGGAGGAGUAUAUUGUUGGUUCUUGGUUCUUGGCUGGGGAAGAGUACGGGCUUGAGGCAGUGCCUAAAGUUAGAGAAGAGAAUAGUGUCACAACUGAGGAGGAAGCUGUUCUGGGGUCCUGGUUCUGGGAGGAGCCUGUUAGGAGAGAAGCUGGAUUUUGCAACAAAUCCAGUGUCACAUCUGAAGAGGAGGAAGUCAUUGUUGGGUCCUGGUUCUGGGAAGAAGGGGCCAGGACGGGGACAGUGAUAGAGGCCAGCUCUGAGUCCAAGCCUGGGACUGAGGAGGAGGAAAUCAUCAUUGGGUCCUGGUUCUGGAAUGAAGAAGCCAGUAUAGAAACUGGGUCUCAUGCAGUAGACAAAACAAGGUCAGAGACCGAAGAGAAUGUUUUUGGGUCCUGGUUCUGGGCUGCAAAAGAAGGUGAUGGAGAAUCAGGUGUGUGCCAUGUGUCCUCGCCACAGGAUGAUGAAGAGAUGAUUGUUGAGUCCUGGUUGUGGUCUGGAGAGGAGGCCAUUAAGGAGACUGGAACUGUGGCUACUUGUGAGUCGGAAAAUGAGGAAGGGGCAGUUGCUGGCUCAUGGUUUGGAGCUCAAAAUGAGGAGAAUGAUGGGACUGGAAGUGGAACCAACUGUGAGUCCAGGACGUUUGCUGAUGAAGAUGAGGCCAUAGUGGGGUCCUGGUUCUGGGCAGGAGAUGAGCCUCAUUUUGAGUCAAAUCCAAGCCCUGUUUUCAGGGCCAUUUGCAAGUCCAGGUGUUCAGUUGAGCAGGAGCCUGAUCCAUCACGCAGGCCCCAGAGCUGGGAUGAGGUCACAAUUCAGUUCAAGCCUGGUCCAUGGGGAAGGGUUGGCUUCCCAUCCACAAGCACCUUUAACUUUCCCAAAGAAGCAGUAUUUCUGUUUUCUGAAAUGUUUGGAGGAAAGCCCAAGCUCUUGGAACUUAGCCCGGAAAGGGAAGAGCAGGAAUCUUUGCUUCAGCCUGAUCAGCCUGACCCUGAGUUCCAAUUUCGGUAUGAUCCUUCCUAUCGGUCAGUCCAGGAAAUUCGAGAGCACCUUAGGGACAAAGAGAGUACAGGGCCUGAGAAUUGGUCUUGCAGCUGCAUACAGUGUGAGCUUAGAAUUGAUUCUGAAGAGUUUGAAGAACUCCUUUUACUAAUGGACAGAAUCCGUGAUCCUUUCAUCUAUGAAAUAUCUAAAAUUGCAAUGGGGAUGAGAAGUGCUUCUCAGUUUACCCGAGAUUUCAUUCGGGAUUCAGGUGUGGUCUCACUUAUUCAAGCCUUGCUCAAUUAUCCAUCCUCCCGAGUUAGGACAAGGUUUUUGGAAAAUAUGAUUCGCAUGACUCCACCUUACCCAAAUCUAAACAUGAUUCAGACAUAUGUAUGUCAAGUGUGUGAGGAAACCCUUGCUUAUGGCUUGGAUACCCCUGAGCAGCUGUGUGGAAUAAGGAUGAUUACACAUCUCACCAGUACUACUGACUAUCAUACACUGAUUGCCAAUUAUAUGUCAGAAUUUCUCUCCUUGCUAGCUACAGGCAAUACCCAAACAAGGUUUCAUGUUUUGAAAAUACUGUUGAAUUUUUCUGAAAAUCUUGUCAUGACAAAAGAACUACUCAGUGCUGAAGCAAUGUCAGAAUUUAUGGGCCUCGUUAGCAGGAAUGAGACAAAUGACAAUGUUCAAAUUAUUCUUGCAAUAUUUGAAAAUAUUGGUAACAAUAUCAAAAAAGAAGCAGUGUUCACUGAUGAUGAUUUCGAUCUCGAGCCACUUAUUUCUACAUUCCAUGAGGUUGAGAAAUUUAUUAAGGAACUGCAAAGCAAACCAGACGAUCCAAAUGACCCCGAAGCAGACCAGGAAAAUUAGUAUGACUAAUCACUUGCCAGAUUGUCCUUUUAUUCCUGUGUUGUGAUCCUCAAGUAAUGCUUUGGUUUUCAAAGUUGAAUCUGUGUUGCAGCAUACAUCUUUAAUUCUGAUAUUAACUUGCCAACUCUGUGUAUAAGAUGGGUCAUUUUCUGAUGCCAAAUGAGUAUUGGAACUGAAAACAUUUGUUGAUAUUUAUCUUGUCCAAAUUGUGAUAUUUAGUAUUUGAGCUUAUUGUGAACUGAGCCAUCAUAAAUAAGUUAUCCUUCCAGUUGCUGUUCUGAUGUUUACAUACCUCUUUGAGUCUUAUUUGUGUUUCAAUAAAGUUCUCUGUUAAAAUUGGCAGAAAUCACCCGUCUUGAAUUUAAAAUACAAAAUAAACACACAAGCACAUACAGAGAUAAAGAUAAUUAACAUCUGUGUAAUAUGCUCCAUGGAAAAGCUGUUUCUCCACUUUGAACACAAAAGUCACCAGGGACCACUACUCAGGGCAUGCGUCAGAGAGAAAGGACCCACUGAAGUUGGACUUUAAAGUGUAGGAACGACACUGGUGUGAAGAAAAGCAUGGGGUUGGAACAAAAAAAGUGUGCUAAGGGGAUAAGGUAUCCAGUUUGCCUGGAGUGGGUAGGAGGAAUAUGUUGAGGGAUAUAGAGGAUGAGAUAAGUUUUGAAGAGCUGGGAAGAUGCACUUUGCUGAUCAAAGUACAACUAUUCUUUUGAAGUUACCUAAACGGUAAAAGAAUAAGAUACAUGAAUCUACUUGAGUAGGAAGAUGAUUUAAUUAGGAUUGUGCCUAUGGCGACUGUUAAGAAAGUAUCAUAGAGCAAUUAAAAGUGACAUAUAGGUUUUAUAACUAGGAAAAGCCCUGAUGCUUUUACAGUUGGUGUAAUGGAGAAGACAUGUAUGAUUACAUUUUAAAAGUUAAGUGUGAGUAAACUUAUGAAUUUAUGCAAGUGACUUUGAUUAUAGAAAAUUCUACAAUGAUAUGAUAGACAUCAACUUCAGUGUAACUGGUUUGCCAAAUAAAAAUAGUAAAAUUAUUUUUUAAACAGUAAAAUCAAUGAAGUUCUUGUGUUUAUGCCAGUUUUCUUUUUUCUGUGUUUUACAUUCACAAAAGUAUUACAGACAGGAGAAAAAGGAAUAAAGUUGGUUUUAGGAAGGAGUCAAGGAUAAGGGAAGAUAUAUAAAGUGUUCUGUUCUUUUCAGGGAAUGAACUAGAAAUAGUGACUUUUAUUUUUGGUUGCUCUGAGGGAGAAAACUGCACUUUUCCACCUGAUUGUAGUACAUGAAGGUUUAUGAAAGGCACAUAAAAUGGCAGUUUUGCCUGUCUUCAAAAAUCAUAAAUGUUAAAAGGGAUCAUCGUGGUGGUGCAAGCUGGAGUUCAAUGUUUUGCUUAUGAAAAUUUUUCAAGACCGAGCCUGUGUGUGUGUAUUUACAUGUCGCAUGAGUAUUAUUCAAAGUAUUGAAGGUUCAUCUCCCACAUCCUCGUGGAGUGUUCCACACCAGCCAUCCAAGCCCCCUAACAGAGCAAAGCGCACGCAUAAGACUGGCAGCUUUGUCUCCAAAUGCAGCCCUCCGGCCAGCUGCACGUUCGCCAGGGUCAGGAGCUCGUGCUGCCUGUAUCAGCAGCUCAGCCCCAGAAGCAGAUCGCGGCCAUCCCUGCAGCAGGCAAGCUGACUGCGCGGUCACGUGGGGCGGGCGGCGGGUCAUGUGACCAGCUCUGGGCCGGCAGAGAAGAGUGUUUACUUGCUCGGAGAAGGGACCAGGAGGACCUAGGAUGGACCCAGGGAGGCUAUAACUGAAAAUCUAAAUGAAGAGUGAGAGCAGACUGCUCCUAAGAAGCCUGCAAAGCAUUCAAGAGAAAUAGAUACUAAGAGCUGUCUGAGGACUAUCUGGAACUUAUUCACCAGAGCUUCCUCAGCUUGGCAUUCCUUCUGUGGGUACUGCAUUUAUAUUUGGAGAACUUCAAAUCGUGGCCUGGCCGGAUACUUCUAAAACAGACAACAUGCAAGAAUCGAUGGGCAAUGUAAGAAGAAAUACAGGGGAACUUCAUGAAGCUAACAGAAGGAUGGAAUUGAAAGAUAAGUUUAUUCCAGGGUGGGCAUUUGGCAUAGUGGUUAAGACACCAUGUGGGACACUUGCAUCCAGCCUUAGAGUACCUGGGUUUGAGUCAGUCAGGGCUUUGCUUCGGAUUCCAGCUUCCUGCUAAUGUAGACUCCAGGUGGUUUCAGGGGAUGGUUCAUGUGCUUGGGUAACUGCACAUGGGAGACCUAGAUAGACCUCCCAGCUCCUGUCUUUGGCCUGGCCCAGCCCUGGUUGUUGCAGGCAAAUUAUUUGGAGAGUGAUUCAGUGGAUGAAGUAUCUCUGUUUCUCUCUCUCUGCCAUUUGAAUAAAUAAAAAUAAUUUUAAAGGUAA